AUGUCUGAACCAUCAGUCACAUCAGUAUCAUUUGAACAACAUGCCACUGGACUAGGCAUCGGAUUACCUAGACCUCGUAUUUCGUGGAAAUUCGUAGCCACCAAUAACACAGUUCCGAAUUGGGAGCAGAAAGCAUAUGAAAUUGAGAUUGUGCGUGGCGCUUCAAGCCCUGAGUCUUACCAUGUUAAAAGCUCAAAUUCCGUUCUCGUGCCUUGGCCGAGUCAACCUCUUGAAUCUCGCGAAUCCGCUCAAGUCCGUGUUCGAUCACACGGUCUAAGCAACAAAACGGACUGGUCGGACUGGGAAACAGUGGAGUGUGGACUGUUGAAACCUCAAGACUGGACUGCGCGCGCUAUUACCAGUCCUGUUAAGCAGUCCGAGGGGCCUCUACGCCCGCUUCGAUUUCGAAAGACAUUCAAUGUUCCUUCUGCUCUGCAGAACGCUCGUCUCUAUAUCACCAGCCUUGGUGUGUAUCAGGCUUACAUCAACGGUGUCCCAGUUGGUGAUCAUUGCAUGGCACCAGGUUGGACGAGCUACCAUCACCGAUUGAAUUAUGAGGUUUUCGAUGUUGCAUCAUUGCUGCGGGUCAACGAAGAGAAUGUCAUCGCGGUAGAACUUGCUGAAGGGUGGUAUGCUACACGUUUAGGAUUUCUUGGUGGCCAGCGCUUUAUCUACGGUGAUGAAAUUGCCUUGAUUUCCCAGCUGGAGAUUAUUUCCGAUGAGCUUAAGAUAUCUGUUGUCUCUGAUGCGUCGUGGAGGUGUCACUCAUCGGCGCUCAUCACUAGCGAGAUUUAUGAUGGAGAGGUCUAUGAUGCUCGCGAAGAACAACAGGGGUGGAAUAGCCUGGCAUUCAAUCAGGAAGCAUCUUGGGAUCCCGUUCGCGAGACAGUAUUCCCCAAGACUGAACUUGUGGCGCCUAAUGCGCCCCCGGUGAGAGUGACGGAAAUCGUGAAGCCUAUAGAGAUUAUCACGACACCUUCUGGGAAGACCAUCGUCGACUUCGGUCAGAACCUAGUUGGCCGGGUCCGCAUUCCUCUUAUCAACCCCACGAGCGUGGUCGACCAUAUCGUGACACUCAUUCACGCCGAAGUUCUCGAGAACCAAGAGCUCGGCACUCGUCCACUUCGAAUUGCCAAAUGUACCGACACUAUCAUCUCUUCUGGUGAGAUCCGCAACUGGGCACCACGCUUCACCUUCCACGGUUUCCGUUACGUCCAAAUAGAUGGCUGGACUCCCACUCUCGACAAUCUUGUCGCUGAGGUAAUGCACACGGAUCUCCCCCGAACAGGAUGGUUCAACUGUUCCCACAAAAUGGUCAACAAACUUCACGAAAACGCCACCUGGAGUAUGCGCGGCAAUUUUCUCUCCCUUCCCACAGACUGUCCCCAGCGUGACGAGCGUCUAGGCUGGACAGGCGAUAUCCAAGUCUUCGCACCUUCCGCCAGCUUCCUCUACAACACAGCCGGUAUGCUCGGGGACUGGCUCAAAGAUCUCUCAGCAGAACAACUCAUUCACGAUCACGGCAUUCCACCCUUUGUCAUCCCAAACGCCAUCCCGGAAGCCCUCUGGCCUACUUUCCCUCAAGCAAUCUGGGACGACGUCACUGUCCUCCUUCCUUGGACCCUCUACCAAAGCUACGGAGACAAAGACAUCCUACGCCGCCAAUACCCUAGUAUGAAAGCAUGGGUUGACACAGGUAUCCUCCGUGGCCCGGAUCAACUCUGGGAAGAUACCCUCUUCCAACUAGGCGAUUGGUUAGAUCCUACUGCACCACCAGAUAAUCCCGGUAAUUCACGCACAGACGGUACCCUCGUCGCAGAUGCAUACCUCGUCCACGUCACACGUAUUCUUGCAUCCAUAAGCAGGAUAAUCAACGAGGAAUCCGACGCAUCACGCUACGAAGCAGAUUACCAAACUCUCAAAUCCCGAUUCCAGAACAAAUACGUCUCCUCCGCCGGUUUGCUCGUCGGUGAUACACAGACUGCCCUCGCACUCGCUAUCGUCUUUGAUCUACUCGAUGACCCUGUCCAGAUCGCUGCAGCUGGAACACGUCUUGUGAGGCUGGUGCGGAAAUCAGGCUUCCAAGUCUCGACUGGUUUUGCAGGGACACCUAUUAUCACGCAUGCGCUUACGAAAGCGGGAUAUCCACAGGUAGCGUAUAGGAUGGUACAGGAGAAGAAAUGUCCGUCGUGGAUGUAUCCCAUUACGAUGGGCGCGACGACGAUCUGGGAGCGGUGGGAUAGUAUGCGUCCAGAUGGGAGUAUUAAUCCUGGUGAAAUGACGAGUUUCAAUCACUACGCGCUUGGGUCGAUCAUUAACUGGCUCCAUUGUACUGUUGCGGGUGUUAGCUUGCUAGAGCCUGGGUGGAGGGAGAUUCUUGUGAAGCCUGUUCCCGGGGGAACGGUGACAUCUGCUGAGGUUGUUUAUGAAACAGCUUAUGGGCGCUUAGAGUGUGGGUGGGUAUUGGAUGGUCAGCAAUUUACGUUGACUGUUGUCAUUCCACCGAAUUGUAAGGCGAAGAUUGUGCUUCCGGGUGAAGAAGGUGAGGAACGGGUUGGAUCUGGACGGUAUAAGUUUGAGACGACGUUUGAUAGUCAGGUUGGGUGGCCGCCCAAGGCACUUGUUCCUCCUAUGUUCAAAUCGGAGGACUCGUUUGUUUGA